CUCCGUCUCUCAACAUGUCGUCAGAAACAUGUCCAGUAGUACCACUACUCAUACACUCCCAACCAAAUUUUCCGUGAUUGGUGCUGGUCAAAUGGGUACUGGUAUUGCUGUUGUUGCAGCCAUGAAUGCCAAGGUUCCAUCUGUAAAUAUUCACGAUGUCUUUCCAUCAAGUAUUGAAAAAUCAAAGAAAUUUAUUGAAUCACUCUUGGAUAAAUAUGUUCAAAAGGGAACAUUGACUCAACAAGAAAAGGAAAUUAUUCUUGGAGAACGUUUGUCAUUCUCAUCAGGAACUGAUCUUUCUCCUAUGGCUGAUAGUCAAUUUGUUGUUGAAGCUGCCACUGAAAAUACUGACUUGAAAUUGGGUUUGUUCAAGGAUCUUUCCGAACUUGUUCACUCCAAGCCAUCAUCAUCUCCAACAAUUCUUGCUACUAAUACUUCAUCUAUUUCUAUCACAAAGAUUGCUGCUGUUGCUAAGGAUCCAACAACUAUUAUUGGUAUGCACUUUAUGAAUCCUGUUCCAGUUAUGAAACUUGUUGAAUUGAUUAGAGGUUUGCAAACAUCAGAUGCUACCUAUGAACGUACUGUUCAAUUGGCAGAAGCAAUGCAAAAGACUUGCACUCUUUCUAUCAAGGAUUCUCCUGGCUUUAUUGCUAAUCGUAUUUUGAUGCCUUAUAUUAAUGAAGCUGUCAAUGUUUUGCAUGAAGGAAUUGCCACUAAGGAAGAUAUUGAUAAGACUAUGAAAUUGGGUACUAAUGUUCCAAUGGGUCCAUUGACUUUGGCUGAUUUUAUUGGAUUGGAUACUUGUUUGGCUAUCAUGAGAGUUUUGUACACUGAAUUUGCUGAUUCUAAAUACAGACCUUCUCCAUUGUUGGUCAAGAUGGUUGAAGCUGGUUGGUUAGGUAAGAAGACUGGUAGAGGUUUCUACACUUAUUAAUGGGUUAUUUUCAGUAAUUAAAUUUUGUUUGAGUUUAUUCU